AUGGGUCUCUGCCUCUCCAAGACUCCUCCGCCGCCAUCUCCUCCUCAUCCUUCUCCUCCCUUGCCCAGCUCCAAGAAUCAUGCUCCUUCCUUGCCCAGCUCCAAGAAUCCUCCUCCUACGCUAGCUCGUCAUACUCCUAAUUCCUUGCCAAGCUCAAGCUGGCCGGACCUGCCGCUGGAUCUAGCCGGCCUCGUCCUCUGCCGUCUCAAUUCCCACGAGGACCACAUCAGCUUCGGUGCCGUGUGCCGCGACUGGCGACUUGCCGUGCAGCGGCAACGCACGCUGCCGGGCACCACGCCGUGGCUCAACGUGGGCCUCGGCGUAUACCAGAGCCUUGACGGCGAGGUGCACCGCUUCUUCUGCCACGGGUCUUCCGGCUGCUGGAUCCUCUACUACCACGACCCUGCCAAUACCCCCGAUGGAGGCGGAAGAUGCUUAUUUCUUCGGAACCCUUUGCAUGCAUCAAGUGUCUCCAUCGAGAUCGUAUGGCCGUGCAAGGAGGCGUCUAAGAUCGUCUUGUGCUCUUCACUAUCCGUUGCGGCGAUUCUCCAUCGAGGAGUCUGCGUAAUUGCACCUUUCUGGCCGUCCGACAUGAGCAGGCCCUGGGAAUACCUUCCGUGGUGGCCGCUUAUGGGUGGUGAUUACACAGACAUGGCAUUUUUCCGUGGAAAGAUCUUCACCGUGACGCUCUUGGGGGACCUCAUCUCCCAUGACGUGUUCAGCCUAUGCCGCGAGAAUGUGUUGAAGUCAUCCCUGACCUGUGAUCAGCCGGUGGACAGCACCGCCUGCCACUUGGUCGUGUCAGCUGACAGGGAGAAGCUACUAAUGGUAAGGUGGAGCAUCCCACGCUCGGGUCUCGAGGUUGAUCACCAUUGGGCGAUGGAUCUGCAGGUGUUUGAAGCGGACUUCGGCAAGGGCCAGUGGUCGGAGGUGAAGGACUUGGGAGGCCAGUGUCUGUUCGUUAGCAGAAGUUGUUGCAGGGCGUUUGGAUCAAUGGAGCUCUAUCAUUCGAGCACCCUACUACAAGGAAACCGUGUGUAUAUCUUGGGCAUCGACUGGUACCUAAAGAGGGCCAUUGCCGGUGCCGGCCCGUGCAGGUGCCGUGACUGCCGUGACCAUGUUAAUAGCGCCAUUCCCAGCUACGGUAUAUACGACAUGAGGACCGGUAUUUUUAGUCUAGUUUUACUAGGUGGAGGUCAUACAAUGGAAAGUGCAAUGUCAGAAUGGUUCUUCCCGUGCGAAUGA